AGAACUGGCAGUCUCCAGCCUUCGUGGCGGGCCAAGUACAGAGGGCGGAGCAGCAAGAACCCCGGCGGCGGCCAGCGCGACCCACACCCCCGGCCAGCCCAGACAGCAACCGAGCCCGGAGCCGGGCGCCCAUGGGGUGCCGCCUCCGCCCAAGCCCAAGCCCAACCCCAACCUGCGGCGUUCGCUGGCUCUGAACAGCAUUUGAAACUUCGGGAGAGGAUCGCGAGGCCCUGAGAGGUGUCGUGGAACAACACGAUGGCUGAACAACUCCUUCCUCAGGCUUUGUAUUUGAGCAAUAUGCGGAAAGCUGUGAAGAUCAGAGAGAGAACUCCAGAAGAUAUUUUUAAACCUACCAAUGGAAUCAUUCCUCAUUUUAAAUCCAUGUACCGAUACACGAUGGAAAUGUUCAGAACUCGCCAGUUUUGUUCACAGUUUCGAGAGAUCAUUGACAAAGCCCUCAUAGACAGGAACAUCCAGGCCUCCCUGGAAAGUCAGAAGAAGCUCAACUGGUGUCGAGAAGUCAGGAAACUUGUGGCUCUAAAAACGAAUGGUGAUGGAAACUGCCUCAUGCAUGCGGCUUCGCAGUACAUGUGGGGUGUGCAGGACACAGACUUGGUCCUGAGGAAGGCCCUCUACAGCACACUCAAGGAGACGGACACACGCAACUUUAAAUUCCGCUGGCAGCUGGAGUCUCUGAAAUCUCAGGAAUUUGUGGAAACGGGGCUUUGCUAUGACACCCGGAAUUGGACCGAUGAAUGGGACAACCUUAUCAAAAUGGCAUCCACAGACACGCCAGGGGCCCGAAGCGGCCUCCAGUAUAAUUCCCUGGAAGAAAUACACAUAUUUGUCCUUUGCAACAUUCUCAGAAGGCCAAUCAUUGUCAUUUCAGAUAAAAUGCUAAGAAGUUUGGAGUCGGGUUCCAAUUUCGCUCCUUUGAAGGUGGGCGGAAUUUACUUGCCUCUCCACUGGCCUGCCCAGGAAUGCUACAGAUACCCCAUUGUUCUUGGCUACGACAGCCAACACUUUGUACCUCUGGUGACCCUGAAGGACAGUGGGCCUGAAAUCCGAGCUGUCCCACUUGCUAACAGAGAGCGAGGAAGAUUUGAAGACUUAAAAGUUCACUUUUUGACAGAUCCUGAAAACGAGAUGAAGGAGAAGCUCUUGAAAGAAUACUUGAUGGUGAUAGAAAUCCCCGUCCAAGGCUGGGACCACGGCACCACCCAUUUGAUUAAUGCUGCAAAAUUGGAUGAAGCUAAUUUACCAAAGGAAAUAAACUUGGUAGAUGAUUACUUUGAACUUGUCCAGCACGAGUACAAGAAGUGGCAGGAGAACAAUGAGCAGGGGCGGAGAGAGCAGCACGCUCAGCACCCUUUGGACCCCUCCGUCCCCCAGCUGUCUCUCAUGGACGUAAAAUGUGAAACGCCCAACUGUCCUUUCUUCAUGUCCGUGAACACCCAGCCUCUGUGCCAUGAAUGCGCAGAGAGGCGGCAAAAGAACCAGAACAAAUCCCCAAAGCUUAACUCCAAGCCAGGCCCUGAGGUGGUGCUUGGAGCCUCUCGGGGUGAGGUCUACGAGCCCACAGCCUGGAACUCCCAGGAGCCAGCUGGGGGACCUCGUUCAGCCCCUCCAACAGCGCCCAGCCUUUUCCUGUUCAGUGAGACCACCGCAAUGAAGUGCAGGAGCCCUGGCUGCCCAUUCACGCUGAAUGUGCAGCACAAUGGAUUUUGUGAGCGCUGCCACAAUGCCCGGCAACUUAAUGUGGGCCACACCUCGGACAACACAAGGCAUUUAGAUCCUGGUAAGUGCCAAGCCUGCCUCCAGGACGUCACCAGGACAUUUAAUGGCAUCUGUAGCACUUGCUUCAAAAGGACUACGGCAGAGCCCUCCUCGAACCUCAGCUCCAGCAUCCCUCCUUCCUGCCAUCAGAGGUCCAAGUCGGACCCGGCGCAGCUCAUCCAGAGUCUCUCCCCCCAUUCUUGCCGCAGAGCUGGGAGCGAGGCUCCUGCUGGCUGCCUCUCUCAGGCCGCACGGACUCCAGGGGACAGGACAGGGACGAGCAAGUGCCGGAAAGCUGGCUGCAUGUAUUUUGGGACUCCUGAAAACCAGGGCUUUUGCACGCUGUGUUUCAUCGAGUACAGAGAAAAUAAACAUUCUGUUACUGCCUCGGGGAAAGCAGGUCCCGCAGUCUCCAGAUUCCAGAACACAGUCCCCUGCCUGGGGAGGGAGUGUGGCACCCUUGGCAGCACCGUGUUUGAAGGAUACUGUCAGAAGUGUUUCAUUGAAGCUCAAAAUCAGAGAUUUCAUGAAGCAAAAAGGACUGAAGAGCAACUGAGAAUGAGCCAGCACAGAGACGUGCCGCGAACCACACAGAGUGGCUCCAGGCCCAAGUGCGCCCGGGCCUCCUGCAAGAACAUCCUGGCCUGUCGCAACGAGGAGCUCUGCAUGGAGUCUCAGCCCCUCGGCCAGAGAGUGAACACUGGAGCCCACCGGGCUGAGCCUCUUCCCGAAGAGCCCCCCAAACAGCGCUGCCGGGCCCCUGCCUGCGAUCACUUUGGCAACGCCAAGUGCAAUGGCUACUGUAAUGAAUGCUUUCAGUUCAUGAAUAUGUAUGGCUAGCAUGAAACAAGUGAGCCAGUCCCAGCUGUUAAUCAACAUGGUGCUAUACCCUAAAUACUCGAGUGACACUGGAGGGUCAGUCCCUGCAACAGAGGACUUGAGAUUGUUCUUGAAGAAGAAAGAUAAGUUCUUGGUCAUGGCCUUGAAUCUGGUAACUCGAGAACAUUCCCAGAUGGCCUUGGAGCAGAGCUUGUGCCUGGCAGCAGACAGUCUCCAAUUCAGCCAGCGGUUCCACCUCCUGGCCUCCAAGCAGAAGGCCAGAAGCUUUAUGGAGUUGGAAUAUGUGUCAGGACUGCUUCAUCAUGUUUCCAGAAAAGGGAGAGACAGAGUCAGAGCCACGCCACCUGCCUCCACCCACAUAGCUCAGAGGUGGGAAGCUGAAUCCUCUUGGCCCCCGGGUCUUCAAUGAGCAGGUUAUGGCCCACGGGCCCUCUGUGAGAAGGUCGGGAAGCUCAGGGAAAAUGGACGUUUUCAGAGUGUCAGUAGUUCAUGGUUUUUCCUUACCUGCCUCAUUCCUUCCUCAUGGACUGUGAUUCUGAGGCUGCUGAGACUAAAUAUAUUCUACAAAGCAAACCAGCUGCUCUUUACAAUAUGCACCUUGUUAAAAAACAGAAUAUUUUAGUGGGAAGAUGUGUAACUCUUGGUUAUCACUGUCUUCACUUCCAAAGAGGCUUACUUGAACUGAGGUGUGCAUAAAAAAUGUGUACAUAUAUAAUGUACCCUUGUGUACAAGGGAUUUUUUUUUUUUUUUUACUGUGUUGAAAUGCUGGCCUCCAAUAAGAAGACUGAACAAUAACAACCUAUUUUCUGGUUGUUGUUGGGUCACCACCUGUAUGUGCAGCUUUCAAGAACUCAACCCGCUGCCUUGGUAAAGGCCUUGUGUCUCUAGAGUUUACUUUAUUUAUUUUAUUGCAAACUUUAAGGUUAUUUAAAUGAAGUUGUUUCUUCUGCUCUGGAGCAAAUGCUGCGGGCGUGCUAUGGAGCCAAGCAAGUGCCUGACUGCAGGCGGGGGUCAGCCUAUUGGAUGCACUUUGGUUGCCUUCCCUAGGAAAGAAAGGAAUUGCAUCAAUAGUACAUUUAUUAAAAUCCGUGCUUCUUCUUACUGAAACUUUGGCCAGACCAACUUCCCAGCCACAAUAUGUAAUUGUCUCUGACUAUCCUACCUCCUUAGAGAGAAGAUUGGAAAGGAGCAGGGAUGGGAUUAGGGAAGGUCCCAGGGUAAGAUGUGGCCUUUAAUGGUGGUGUUAUUUGCUGUUUUAAUGCUGUGUCCUGGGGUGCAGGGCAGAUCUUGUGUCUAGUGAAACCUCAGCUUUGGGACAGCAAAGCCCUGUAACCAUGAGUAUGAGGAAAUUUCUUUUGACCCUUGGCCUGCAGUUUCUCUAUGUUCUUUGUGUCACUGUCAUACUUUUCUAGAAAAAAAGAAAGGGGAGCACAUGAUCCACAGAGAUGAAGGCUGCCAUUUUUGUCGUCUGGACUUAUGAGAGGAAAAUACUGACAAUCUAUAACUCUACAUGGUCUUCAGUGUUUUCCUCUAUUUCCUUUAAGGUUGAUAUUUUAAUAUUUUGUUUGUAAAUAUUCUCAUCCUUAAUGUGAAAAAAUUAUUUAUACUUCUUAUAGAAAACAUUUGAAAUUUGCACAUUUAGUUGUCCCAGUAGACUCCCAUGUAUUCUGUUGGGUUUAUUAAAAUUUUCCUAAAUAAUUGUAACUUUCAACCAAAGCCAAU